UCUUAUUAUUGUUAUUUGUUAUUGACUAGUGAGUAGUGACUACUUACAACUGGCAAGUGGCUACAAACUACAAAGUUGUAGUAAGUUCUAUAACUAAACCUAAUACCUAAGUUGUUUAAAUAACGUUUUUAGAUAUCAUUUGUUCACCGGCCUCAAGUACUAUCUUUAAUUUACUUUUCAAAUCAAAUGAGUUAAUGCGUUAGUGGCGUUCCAUUUAGUAGAUCUUAAACUGUAGACGGUCCGUCGGUAAAUAGGCAUGGCUGGCAAGUCGACGGAACCUGAAUCGCCGAAGAAAAACGAGAAGUUUGAUCAAUUUUAUACGGAAGUAAAAGAAAUCGAAAAACGUGACUCUGUGUUGACGUCGAAACAACAGAUUGAUAGGCUCCUGCGUCCUGGAGCCUCAUAUUUCAACCUUAAUCCAUAUGAAGUACUCCAGCUAGACCAUGACACACCUUUGGAUGAGGCAAAGAAAAAAUAUAAAAGAUUGUCUAUUUUGGUACAUCCAGACAAGAACCAAGAUGAUUUAGAAAGAGCAAACAAUGCUUUUGAGACCGUUAACCGUGCAUGGCGGACAAUCGAUAACGAUGAAUCUCGGAAAAAAUGUCAGGAGAUCAUACAGGAAGCCAAGGAUAUGACUGAAUUCAUGGUUGUAGAGAAACGUAAAAAAUUGAAAAAAGAAGGCAAAGAUACAAAAGUUGAAGAAGAUGACCCAUCUAUUAUGAAGCGCAGUAUUUAUGUUCAAACAUGUAAAUUAUUCGCUGAUUUAGAACGCAAAAGAAAAGAUCACGAAGCUAGAGAAUUACAAGAAAGAAAACGAAAACGAGAACAAGAAAUAGAUGAAGAACAAAAAGCAACUGUGUCUAAAGAAUGGCAAAAAAACUUUGAUGAAUCAAGAGAAAGCAGAGUCAACAGUUGGAAAGCAUUUCAGGAAUCAACAAAAAAAUCAAGCAAAAAAAUCAAAAUUUUUAAGCCACCUAAACAUAAAGCAGAAUCAAGAUAAAACGUUUAGUAACAUAGGCUCUAUGUUUUUCAGUUGUAUACAUAAAUGUGUAUCAUGUUGUAAAAUAAAAUGAAAGUUUUUUCAUAAAAC